AUGCGUGAAAUCGUUCAUAUUCAAGCUGGCCAAUGCGGUAACCAAAUUGGAGCUAAGUUCUGGGAAGUUAUCUCUGAUGAACAUGGCAUCGAUCCAACUGGAGCCUAUAAUGGCGACUCGGAUUUGCAAUUGGAGCGAAUCAAUGUUUAUUAUAAUGAAGCUAGUGGCGGAAAAUAUGUUCCUCGCGCCUGCUUGGUUGAUUUGGAACCUGGAACUAUGGACUCUGUUAGGGCUGGUCCUUUCGGUCAACUCUUCCGUCCAGACAACUUUGUUUUUGGACAAUCUGGAGCCGGAAACAAUUGGGCAAAGGGACAUUAUACCGAAGGAGCUGAGUUGGUAGAUAAUGUCUUGGAUGUUGUUCGCAAGGAGGCUGAAAGCUGUGAUUGCCUCCAGGGCUUCCAAAUGACUCACUCUCUUGGUGGAGGUACUGGAUCUGGAAUGGGAACUUUACUGAUUUCUAAAAUCCGUGAGGAAUAUCCGGAUAGAAUUAUGAACACGUACUCUGUUGUCCCAAGUCCCAAAGUUUCUGAUACGGUUGUUGAACCCUACAAUGCCACCCUUUCCGUUCAUCAAUUGGUUGAGAACACCGAUGAGACUUUCUGCAUCGAUAACGAGGCUCUCUAUGAUAUCUGCUUCCGAACUCUGAAACUGACUACACCUACUUAUGGAGAUUUGAAUCAUUUGGUUUCCAUGACUAUGAGUGGAGUAACGACUUGUCUCCGCUUCCCUGGACAGUUGAAUGCUGACUUGCGUAAGCUUGCCGUUAAUAUGGUUCCUUUCCCACGUCUUCAUUUCUUCAUGCCUGGCUUUGCACCUCUCACGUCCCGAGGAAGUCAGCAAUACAGAUCCCUGACUGUUCCUGAAUUAACCCAACAGAUGUUCGACGCCAAAAACAUGAUGGCUGCUUGUGAUCCAAGACACGGUCGAUAUUUGACCGUAGCCGCCAUGUUCCGUGGAAGAAUGAGCAUGAAAGAAGUUGAUGAGCAAAUGCUUAAUGUCCAGAACAAGAAUAGUUCAUACUUUGUUGAAUGGAUUCCAAACAACGUUAAGACUGCUGUCUGUGAUAUUCCACCUCGUGGAGUCAAGAUGGCAGCCACUUUCAUUGGAAACUCCACGGCUAUCCAGGAGCUCUUCAAACGUAUCUCAGAACAGUUCACCGCUAUGUUCCGUAGAAAAGCUUUCCUUCAUUGGUACACCGGAGAGGGUAUGGAUGAAAUGGAGUUCACUGAAGCUGAGUCCAAUAUGAAUGAUCUCGUCUCUGAGUAUCAGCAAUAUCAGGAAGCUACUGCUGAUGAUGAUGGAGAGUUUGAUGAGCACGACAACGAUGUCGAAUAA